CGUAAACAGAGAGUUGCAAGAGAGAAGCAAAGAAAUCCUCGUCUAGCUCUUGAGUCUCUCAGUUUCCUGGUUGUUUUGCAUCCCUGAUAUGACCCUGUUCAGCCCAAGAUACAUGAGCAUGAGUGGAGAGUUGAAGUCCAGCCGCUCCAGGGCAGCGAGUAAGAGGGCCAGCAACACCAUUUAUGGAUCUGAGUUUGACCUGGACUAUGACAGCUACCACGAGGACUACAAUGACAGGGUGUAUGACUACCAGCGUGUGCCGGCAUCCCUGUCUCCUCUGCCACUGGGACCCAGUCUGGCCAAGCGAUCCCGUUCCUCCUCCUACUCCUCUGGGAACAGACGCAGUCGAGACAGAACCCACUCCAAAAGCUCCAGAGCCCACUCCACUAAUUCAUCCACAGCCAAGUUGGGAUUGGAGGAGUUGCAGGUGAUUAAAAAGGAGCUGACUCUGAUAAAGACACAGAUCGAUGGACUGCUCGACAGUCUUGACAAAAUGGACACACAGAGGAAUGACCACAAAGGGUCUCCCCUGAGAGAGGACAGUCCAGCUGGCUCACUGUACGCUAUGUCUGCAAGCAGCCCCGAGCACUCCCUCUCCUCCCUCUCUCCACCCAGCUCCCGCCAUCGAAUCCACAGAGGGAAACCUGACCCGAGGGAGCCCAAUGAUGACCACCACACGAUGAGCAACCACAGCUCUGACCCAGAGGAGGAAAUAUGA